UUCCCCCUUUAAAUAAACGUCUAUAGGUUAAAGUCUUCCGACAAAAAGCGCGAGCGUUAUAUUUGUGUUAUUCAAAGAUAAAGAUUGCAACACUGAAGUCAUUGGUAACAUUAGCUUGUCACAAAUAUGCAGUAUCAAUCCGCUGGGUCGUGACCCCCCCCCCCCCCUCUCUUAUUACACAAACAAAAAGCUGUUAUUUCUAAAAAAUGAUUAUGUUGUUAAACAUUAUCUCACAUAAUGUCACAUAACAGCCUACAAACGGUUUUCUUUUAGCCGUUGGGUAAAAACGGUUAGUUUCAGUUGUCAUGGUAACAAUUCUGCGUCCAAAAUGGCAUCUUUGCUCGGGAAGCAUCUAUUUACACUUAAUGGUCAGGGUCCACCUCCUUCAAAAGAUUUUUUCCAACUUCUUAUUACCAACAAUGAGGUAAUAUUGACAUCAUGGAAGAUUUCUGUUCGACUUGAUUGCCGGGGUGCUGCACCCACAGAGCUGAAGACAUCCCAUCAAGAUUUCCUACAUCAGAAAAUGCUACAGCAACAAGUUGUUGCAGUUUUUGGGCAGAGGAUCCUGGAACACACAAAGUCACUUUGUCAAGGAAAGUUUGAUUAUCUGGAGCGCUUACCGGAUGACAUAUUGCUCAAAAUCAUGUCCCACUUAGAUCUGAAAGAUACGACAUUGCUGGCACAAGCUUCACAGAGAUUCAGAAAGCUCUGCGACUCUGAGAAGUUUUGGGAACAGACUGUGAGGAGUUGUGCAGAGUUUACCAGUGACAUGGAGGGCAUAGCAAAUGCCAUGGGCUGGAGGAGGAUGUUUUUUACCUUUUUCCACACCAGUAAGGAGCAGCAGUAAAUCAGUUGUAUUACUGUUCUGAAACAACUGCAAUACAAAUGCUGUCACUUUGAUGGCUAGUUAGUAUUCAUUGUAUACGUUGUAAAAUAAGAGCCAGUGUUUUCAGUGAAGUUUAGUAAAUGUUCUUAAGAUUUAGAUUCACUGUUUAAAUGUGUGAUCUACAAAGAAAAUGUAUAUUUCAUUAGUUUAAAAGUGCCAAAUAUCCUAUUUCACUUUGGAUGACGACAGUUAUCACCAGUGUUCAACAGAUAGAUGUUGUUACAUGAAUGUUAUGUAAGAGUUUAAUUGUGUCAUAUUACUGGUAAAUUAAAAGUAGCAUGUUAUGUAA